AUGGCUUUUGUAUUGGCUAUAGUUGAAGUGUUCAUCAUUCCGUUCUGUGUUUGUUUCGAGAAAGCUAAAACGGUGUGCGAAUUCAUUGAUAGGAUAUACAAGGUUUUUGCAUUCGAUCCAAUAGAUAAUGCCAGAUAUAUGCGUCCAUUGUUGUAUAAUCCUGGAAUACCUGUUCCUUCUUCCGAUCCAGAUGCUCCACAAUUUGUUUGA